UCUUCUCCAUCUCACCUUUCCCCAUCAGCAUUCCCUUCCUUCCCCCUCUUUCUCUCCCCCCCUUUCUCUUUCCCAGCAUGCCCGACCUUGCAAGAGAGAGAGUGAGAAAUAAAGAGGGGGUUGAAGAGUCGCUACAGUCCAGUCACUGAGAGCCAAGAGUGAACAGCACUAAAAAAGAAAAGAAGAUGAAACAUGGAAUUGUCUUCCUCCUGGAUGAUCUUUUAACUUGUGAGCCUGACAGGAAUAUAAUUGGAAAGGGAAAAUCUUUAAAUUAAAGGCAAAAAAAAAGACACUUUCUGUCCUGUGCUGGGAUGACUAUGGAACACAAUUUUGUCUUCAACAUCCAGGAGAAAAGAAGAAUAAAGACAAAGACAUAAAGGAAACUAAAUGAAGAAAAAAAAUUUGCUUGUGAUUUCUCAAAGAAGAAAAAGACAUUAAAAUGAUCCAAAUAUCUUCUAUGAAGUAUAUCUGAAUCAAUUUUAAGCUAACAGAGAAAAAAAAAAGUGGAAGACAAAAAAGGAGAUUUCAAAGGACAUGUUUAAGGAGUAAAAGGGACACAACGAACCCCACUUUGGAAAAAAAUCGGAAAAUUAAGGAAAUGGUAGUUAGAGAAACAUUAGUCACAGAAGAUCUAGUAACCAAGGUGUAAUCCCAAGGAACCAGUUUUAAAAUGGAUGAGUAAAAACAGAAAAUUAUUAUUGAAAGGCAAAAGGAGAUAGGGAAAGGGAGUAAAAAAAAAGCUAAAGUGAGAAAGGGAUGACAAAAGAAGACGAGAGAGCAACAAUAGAAAGUGAUCUGAAAAAAAGCUCAAAGACAGAACAAAUCAAGAAGCAGAAGAAGCUGAGUGGAAAAAUGAAACAUCCUUUCCUGAUUUUCACCCUCCACUUGAUGGCAGUGGCAUUGAUGGCGAAAGGUGCGCCCCAGCUGCAGCUGGAGCGCUGGGUGCGCUCGGGCCUGCAGUCCCUGCAGUGGGACCAGUUGGACCGCUGCCUCCACGCUGCCUCUCACUCCGAGACCGAGUGCAGGCGUCUCGCCCACCUGCCUCCUUCCACUGUGGCAGUCUAUGCCUCAGAACCACAUACUGCCACUGCAGGUGUCUCUGACAAAGUUCUGGCUAUCCUCCCGGACUCUUACUCCUCCAGUGGGAUGAUCAGCUCCAAAUUCCGGGGUGCUUUCAGCAUCAGCCCAAUGGUGAAUGGGAGGGAGAGUCGCCAUAGGUACCAGCUGCCUUUACCUGCCUCCAUGACCCACGACGCAGUGCUAGUGCUGGACCCGAGUCCUGGUGAGAAUUUUGGACACCCUGUUGGCCUCUUCUACGUGGACCUCAAUGUGACUAAGAGGAGAUGUUCCCACCUGGAUGGCAUUUACCUGGGAGAGGAGUGCUUGACUCAGGCAUUGAAAGGUCGGUGUCAGAACCAGCUGAAACGUCAACAGGCUGGGCCUGAGAGGCUUUUGGGUCAUGGGCACAGCUGGCGGGUGGGCGGAGCUCCACGUGGAGGUACCGUUAGCAGUCCGGUCAAUGGACGACUCUGUGAGGUCCACUUCCUCCCCUUAGUAGUCGGAGUUGGAGAUGGCAACCAGACCCAGAGACUUAAAUGUGUUGAUCAUGCAGAAUUUUCCAGGUGCCCUCAAUCGGUACCUAUGGGGUCCCCCAGUUUGCCUAUCUCCAGCUGUGAACUGAACAAAAACACCAGACGUUGUCACCAGCAGCCAUUGGCCACUCACCUCUCCUGCCGUCUUUACCAGACAUGCGACCAUGCUGUGCUUAUCUCUGGGGGGUGGCGGGAACAGAUGACAUUCCAACGGCAUGUGCAUAAUCUUCAGAAGUUUUACAGAAUGCUCCGGAUCAAUGGUUUCCACAAAGACCAUAUAAAGACAUUUUUUGCCAGCAGUGGUCACAUUUCAGAAGACCUGGAGGGUGCCCACUCAGCCACGGAGAAAGCGGUGAUCCGCAACCAUGUGUCAUAUGUCUGCAGAAAACAGCACUGCGCCGACUCACUGGUGCUCUACCUGAACUCGCCAACGCGCAACGACGGCACUAUGCUGCUGUGGGAUGCCAACCUCAAUGGCAUUGCUGAUCUGAAAGAACGCUACUCGGUCAGCGAGCUGUUGACUGAUCUGGCUGGCUGUAGGGCAGCCCGCGUUUUGUUGUUCGUGGAUCAGAGCUACAGCGGUGUUCUGUUCAAAAGGCUGCGAGGCUCCCAGAAACAUCUCAAUGUAGUUCUGAUCCAAAGCCAGAAAACGCAGACACAAAACUACCAGAGCCAGAGUAUGAGUACAGGCUGGGAGGACAGCACCUGGGCUCACAUCGGACCCUUAACCUGCUUGCUGGACCACCUGGAGAAGACUGCGGGUGCUUCCCACCUCCUGGACCACUGGGCCGGGCUCUUAAACAUCACCAUGGCAGGAGCCCCAUGCAAUGCUACACCACCACUGACGGACAGCGAGAUGCGGCGGUGGUACCAGGGAUGCCAGAACCUGCCAACCGCACUCUGGCACAGGAAGUACCGAAGAAUCAACUAAAAAAGGGACAGGCCCCCUCAGAGGCUGACCAGAAACAGAGAGAAAUAGUGGGAAAGACCUCACGUGCAGAGAAAUUAUAUUGUUAGCGUUUAUCACAUGCAUGUGUAGCUGGACAAUAGGUGCAAUGCGCGUGGGUUUAGAGUGUGUUAGGUUGUGUGUAUGUUUUGUGCCCUAAUGCUGAACUCGGACAGUAACCAUGGAGAUGACAGCUCACCCCAAGGGGUGUCCUGAACCUGAACGCCAUUUGUGCUGAUAUGUAUAUGUGUGGAGGUUCAGCAAAAGGACACUCACUUGGGUGUGUGCGCGUGUGUGUGUGUGGUGGGCAUGCGUGUGCGUGCAUGUCUUUAACGUUUCACAACAAAUCGCUUGUCUCCUAUUUUUGUCCACAUAAUUUUUUCUUUGUUUCCUCUUUUUGUCCAUCAUUCAGCACUCACUCACACCUACUCGCCUUUUAAUUAAUUAAUUUUAAAAAAAAUAUGACCUCAUAGACUUAGCCUUUUGUCCUUUUAUUCUAUUGCCCAUCCUGCUGUACUUUACUUGGACUUUGUUCUCAACUUUAUUGACUGUUAUCUUUUGGCAAAGAAAUUGAGAUUUUAACCCAGAACAUUUUUAUAUUCACUAUUUUAUUGUAUAGUGCCAUAUUUCCACAACUAGUGACUGAAGAC